UCCUAUUGUAAACAGUGAAGGAGAAAAUCAUGGUAUUGACGGGGUCGGUAACGAUGUGAUUCCGGACAUGUAACUGCUGUUUGGAGUGUUAAAUCCCCUUUUCUUAUUUUUUGGCUGUCAUUCGUCGGUAACAGAAGCAGCCAAGAUGCCGACAAAAGUGUUGUUACCCCAGAUGGUUGAUCUAGCCCUGGGUACACCAGAAAUAGGGGCUGUUAAUUUCAACGUUCUUCAUUCAUUGCUCCAUGCUAUGUUAAAGAAAUUGAAAAUUACCGAUUCAACAGCUGAUUUAAAUGAAUUGGAUCUAUUGUCAAGACGAGAGAAGUCAAGUCUCAGUGACUUAGACAGUGGUAUUUCCACAUAUUCUGAAGAUGGCACGAGUGAAACCGGCAAAACUAGCGGUACUCCUUACCAUCAACUGGAGCUUAAAGUGGCAAAAUUGAGCAUGCAGAUGGAACAGUUGAAUGCAAUUCCGUCUAAUAAUGAUUUAAUUGAUAGGUCUGACAGACCUAUUUCAGAAAUGUGGCAAUACAUGCAGCUAAAAAAGAAAGUUGAUGCAAAUACCGAUGGUGUUGACAAGUUGAUGUCUCUCUUUGAUGAUUUAAUGAAAAGAAUGGAUGAAUUAAAGAAGGCCAAUGAUAACAUGAAGAAUCAGCUUGAUGGGCUGAACUUAGAUGACAUCCUGUCAAGGCUGAAUGAUUUGGAAAAUAAUGUCAAAGACCUAAACGAGAAGUUUGGCACCCUCCCGUCAGCAGAAGAGCUCGCUACGUUUGUCACCUGGCCUGGCCUAGAGGAUGCAUUGAAAGGCGUCAAGCGUGACUGGGAAAGUCUUCAGCAGCAAGAGCGCGUCGUCAUAGAGAUGUCUAGUCAGACAGAACCACGUAAAAAAAAGGUGUCCCGACCUGCCUCAUCACGUCCCGGUACUCGCAUGAGUUCGUCCAGUACUGGACCAUCAGAACAACUGUUGGAUGUCCUGGAGCACCUCGGAAAGCUCAGUGAAUCCCACAAUGCCCUACAGAAGAGGGUGGAGGACCUUGAGGCUGAGAUAAAGAAUAAGAUGGACAAGACAGAUCUUGAAAACCUGAAUCUGUCCUCAGACAUGCUUGAGCAGCUUGCUAAGCUGAAGGCAGAGCUUGAUGCCUUACAACAAGCCAGGGACAAGGCCAUCAAGUUCAAGACAGGUAAGCGAAGUGGUAAGAUUGGCCCAUUGUCUGAGUCGGAUGAGAGUAGUAGUGGAGGUGAGACAACAGAGACAGACAGUCAAGAGGAGCUUGAAGAGCUCAAUAAACACGAACUCACGGCCAUUGCCAUAGACGCCCUGUCUAACAAGGUAACAGUGAUGGAGGACCGACUCAAGGUGUUCCAGGAUAUGAUGAUGGAUGAUAGCGCCUACCAAAGUGAUGUCACUGACCUGCGGUCAUGGCUCACUGGUAUGGAGCAGAGACCAGACCCAUUGGCAGACCUUGAAAUGACCACCAGCGAGAAUGAUAUCACUCCCAAACCUCCCAGUCCGAAGGUAUCUACUUCCGUAGAGAAAACACCAGUCAAAGCUGAAGAAGUCGAACCUGAAGUCAAAGAAACCAAAGGGAAGGAAAGUCCACCGGCAAACAAAAAGAAGGUAUCAAGUGGUGAAAACCUGGCUAACGUGAAAUUUGAACAAGAUAUUAUGGACAUCUUUACUAGGAACACAUCUGAUGUUGACGGUCAAGUGGAGGAUAUGAAAAACAUGAUGAAUAUGUCUUCAGAAGAGAUUUCCAAAGCCAACAACAAGAUCCGCACACUUGCAGCUGUACUAAAUGACCAACUUCAGGAUGUCCGUGACAAAAUCUUCACCCUCGAUCACGACCUCAAAAGAAUGGCCCGCGGCAUUGAGUUUGCACUGCUCAGAUCAAAGGUUGCUGGAACAAAUGAUUUGGAUAGUGAUGCUCUGAGUCGGGCCCAGGCAGCCAUUUUACAGCUACAGGCCGACUUUGAGAGGUUACACAACACCACCAAGGACAUGAUGGAGGAAAACGAAUCCCGCAACAAACAGAUUCAGGACCUUUUGGCCUACUGUGACAGGCUCAAUGAGAACAAGGCGGACAAGGAGUAUGUACAGAUGGAGGUAGAUGUGAAAGCAGACAAGCGUUCCCUUGACAACAAAGUCAACCACAGCCUGUUUGACAGCACAACCAAUGACAUCAACAGGAUGAUCAAGGAAAUCCUCGACAAACUCUCCGGAUAUGAAGACAAUUUUAACACCACCUGUCACAAAAUUAAUGAGGACAUAGAUGGCAAGCUUGACCGCCUGGAGCUUGACCCUCUUAAGGAAUGGCUGGAAAGUCGUCUGAAGGCCCUGAACGACAAGCUGAAGCGCACACAGGUGUCAACGGAAUGGGGUGAGGACGAUGCUGCCGGGAUCAGGAAGCAAUUGAUCCAGAAAUUCCACUGCAUUUCCUGUGACAGACCUGUUGACCUCAUGCCAACGGGGCCAGUGCCCUCUCUGCCUUCACACAGUGGACUGGCACCCACACGGUCACCACGACCUUACACGACAUAUGAGCUUGAUCAGAUCCGUCAGCAUGCCAAGAGUGGUCUCCUUGGAAAAAACAACAUCAACUUUGAAAGAGCUCUUGCUGAAAGGGAGCUAGUGAGAAUUCGUAAAUCAGACUUGCGAGCCUUUUUUGUUCAUUUUGGCCAUGACCUUGAUACUUACAAGAAACAGCGUGAGGCCUUCGCUAACCCAGAGAUAGCCGACUACUACGCCACUCAGAGAGCUUGUGGAGGGAACCACACCACAACCUUCCCUCACAAACGCAUCACGCGCCUGUCACACCUCAGCCAUCUGUUCCGGGAGGAAGAGGAAACUGUGUACCCCCUGUACAAGGAGGAGGUGAAUGUCCAGGGGGCAGAUGGGCACAUCUACAAGGGACGUAUGGAGAAGAUGGAGGCCAAAUAUACACAGGCACAGCAGCAGACACGUCAGGACCCAUACAAGCUGCACUCCCAAAUGCAUCAGGCUCCUCCUCCCAUCCACCAGACUGGCGGGCAGCGUGUCACACAGCAAACCACUUCAGUGCGUGUGGCCCGCCCCACCUCGGCACGUCCCCUCCAGUCCCCACGCCCCACAUCAGGACGUGUGACCAUACGGCCAGUGUCUGCUCGUGGAGGAGGGUCUAGACAAGCCUCUCCAGUGCCAGAGUCCUCCCACACCACUCCUGUCCCAGAGGAGUCUCCGCGUCUCCCAGAGGGGGACCAGCAUAUAGAGGUGCCUACCACUGGCAACAACUGAACGCCGAUGCAAUAAAACUCUAACAUAGUGUAUUAUGUAGAUGUAAUUUUGCACCUAUUCAAUUUUUUCGUAUCAUUCUCUGAAUUGUGUGGUCAUAAACUUAUUGUCAUUUAAAGACUGUUUCAUCAUGUACCUCCAGGACAUGGAAGUUCUAGUUAGUUGUUCAAUCUUAUCCACACUCUGCGGAAAAUCUAAGUGUUAGGCUUUUAAUACCAGCAUUACUGUAUAACAAAUCUGGUCUUUACAUUUCUUGCCAGUGAGGAAAAAUCAUCAACGAAGAACUCUUGUGAAAACCCAAUAUUGUUUUCUAUUUUUCCUUUUUAUAUUUUCGAUACAAAAAUUAUCUGUUAUUUUGGGUAUUUUCAAAAAAGAGGAGGAUCUUUUGUAACUUUUUUAAACUUUACUCAUAUUUGUUUUUUUUAAUUAAGGUGUAUUCUGUCUUAAUUUAAUGUCAUUUACAAUACAUAUAUAAUGACAAGUGUGAAUGCACCGAUUUUCUGUAUGUGCAAUGUGUAUAAAAUCUAUACAUCUAUUACAUGUUUUACUGUAUAGCCCUGCUUUGUGUUUGUUAUAUUGUCAGCAAUAAUGUAUCACCCUAGAACAGUAUUGACACACGCCAGUCACUAAUUGUUAAAAGUAAAGCGUAUCUGUGUUACCGACACAAGUAUCGGUCCCUUGUUGAUACUGAUACUGGCAUACCUUUUACCUUGUCCAGGGAUCUUUUUAUGCCGUCCAUUGAAAAUGAUACUUUGGUCCAUUUUACACCAUGUUGUGAUUAUGACUAGUGUCUAUUUUAUACCGUCCAUUGUGACACAGGGUUGUUUUGUGUCCAACGAUCAUGACUCUUGGGUCUAUUUUUGUGUCCGAUGAUUGUGACACUGGGUCUGUUUUUGUGUCCUAUAAUUGUGAUGCUCGGUCUGUGUCCAAAGAUCGUAACACUGGGUCUGUUUUAUGUGUCCAAAGAUUGUGACACUGUUUUUGUGUCCUAUAAUCGCAACACUGGGUGUCCUAUAAUCAUGACACUUGGUCUGUUUUUGUGUCCUAUAAUCGCGACACUGAAUCUGUUUUUGUGUCCUAUAAUCGUGACACUGGGUCUGUUUUUGUGUCCUAUAAUCAUGACACUGGGUCUGUUUUGCAGCACUUCUACAGACAGUCUGUGAUAUACCAGUGUACAUGUAUAUUUGGUUAAGUGCUUAUCCAUUUCUUGUACUAAGGUCAAAACACUGCAAUAAAAUUAGAAAAGCAAACUAUUUUAAUUAGCGUUUAAAUUUUACGAAUUUGUUUAUGAAAGAAUUUUCUUAAGCUUAUUAGAUUUUCACAUAUGAUGUUUAUAUGUAGUGUAAUUGAUAACUUAUUUUAUUAUUGGAUUAAAGCUGUUUUGUAGCUAUAAAGCCAGUCCUGAUAUAUUAGUGAUGUAAUUAUCUCAGAUGUUUAGAAUGUUUAGUAUUUUUAUCAAAUAGCUGUUCUGUGAUAUUUUUCUCUUGUAAGUUUGCACAGAUUUUACAAUCUUGUUGAUAUUGAUGGUAAAUAGAAAUUUGUUUUAGCAAUAUGUAUCCAUGUUGAUGAUGUUAGUAUGAGAUGUAUAUUGUUGUUUCCCUGAGGUCAGUCCUGUGUUAUGGGGUUUAACAGGUUUAUUAAUCCUAAAUGAUUAUGAUGGCAUUGUAACUGUAACAGCUGUCUUUGCUGUUAUAAAGAUCAACUUCUUACAACUUAAAACUUACUGAAACCCAAUAAAUUUGUCUAUUGAUGAAAACAUUCCUUUAUAAUUUGGUUGUGGCGACCUCCUCAUCGAAGGACUGAUCUCAAUGGAUGUGUUAUGGCUCAAACUGACGGUGCUUUACUAUACUUUGAGUUGUUUGAGGGGAAGGAUUUGUUGGCAUUAAGUUAAGCCCAGCUUCGGGGUCAUUUCUGUCUUAGGUGUACCUAUAAAACAAAAAGUGCCUAAAUUUGAUUAUAAUAUUUACACAAAUAACAGGACCUCACUUAAGAUUAAUAUCCACAAUAACUGUAUACAUGUAGCACCCAGAGCAGGUCCCAUCUGUCUAUAACUUGUUGUAUUUGUAAUAUGUACCACAUAUCAUGUGUACAGAAUUGUUACUGCUGAUACAGACACAGGCGUGUGUGACUGGUGUAGCACUCUAAUUGCGGAUAAAAGUCCUGCACACAUACAGUGUCAAGGAAAAUGUAUUUCAUAGAAAUCUUUACACCUGAGGGAGCAUUAUUGUGGGUGAUCUAGUUCACAGGCUUGUUAAUUCCUAGAGAUGUUAUAUGUAUCAAAGAUAUAUAAUGCUCUUACCAUACUUAAUUUUGUAUAUGUAUAUGUAUAUAUUAUAUAUGCACCAAAGUAUUGUUUUUUGCCUCUGUUCAAUAUUUAACCCCUCCCUAGCUUAAGACACCAUUCCGUCCCUAUAUACCAUGUUGUUUGUUAUCUUGUUUUCAUAUAUUCUUUGUAAUGCAGAACGUUCUGAUUUAACCCAAUUCCAUGUGUCCAUUGGUCCUCGACACAGUCAGCAAAGACUGUUCUCCCUUGUACCAUUGUCUCGCUCUAGGAUCAUUAUCUCCCCUUAACCAUAGGUAUCAUGUCACCUUUGGAUUGUUAUCGUUAUCUCCCCUUAGCAUUAGGUAUCAUUACACCUUGGUUUGUUACAAAUAUGCACUUUAUAAUUCUGUAUUUGAUAAGUAAUACAUUCCAACAAGCUGUGAGUUAAUAUCCUAUUAUAAUAAACAAGUUAUUACUGUUUAUUUAUUCCUGCACGUCCUAGCAGUGAAUUGAUUAUUUCUAAGGUAUAUUACUGAUUGAAUGGUUAAGCUGCAAACACCUGUACAAGCUUGUGUAUUCUGCUAAUAAACUAUUUCUGAUUCAA